AUGCCCCUGCCCCAUGUUGCCCCUAUUCUGGCCCCCACGGCCUUCCCCCACCCCAUCCCGCCUGGGAAGUGCCCAGCGGCCCCCCGGGCAUUGGGGCACCAGGGCCCAGCGCCCCCCCGGACGCCUGGGUCUGGCAGCGUGGGGGCAGGGCGGCCGGGCACCCGGGGCUGGACGGCGCAGCCCCAGGCAGGCACUGACCCGCGGUGGCGCUGCCCACAGCCCGAGCAGGAGGCGCUGGGCCCCGGGUCGCCCAAGCUGGAGGAGGAGGAGGAGGAGCGGGACCUGAACAAGGCGCUGGGGGUGGCGCGCUUCCAGAUCCUGCAGCACUCGCACUCGCACCCACGCGGCGUGGAGGAUGUGGCGCCUGCCGGCCCCAUGCGCCCCCUCCCUUUGUCUCAGUUUUUCCUGCAGGAGGAUGACGCAGGCGAGCGUCGGACCGAGGAGUCGUCCGCCCCCAGCUCCCCGGCUGAGCCCAGUCCGCCCGUGCCCGUACCUGCCGCCCCCCACGACGCCAGGGGUCCCAGUCCGGAGGCCGAGGAAGAGCGCGAGGCCGAGGGCACGGGGCUGGACGAGCCCGGCUCCCCCGGGCGCCCCUUGGCCAAGUCGCAGCCUGGGCACCGCAGCUACAACCUGCACGAGCGCCGGCGCAUCGGCAGCAUGACGGGCGUGGAGCAGGCCCAGUACCAGAAGGUGCCCACGGACGAGUCGGAGGCGCAGACGCUGGCCUCGGCCGAUCUGGACUACAUGAAGAGUCACAGGUUCGAGGACGUGCCCGGGGUGCGCCGGCACCUGGUGCGGAAAAGCACCAAGGGUCAAAUCGUGCACGUCAGCAAGGAGCACCGGGAGCCGAGCGCCCGGCACCGCAAGCACGACCGGCAGCCGCACGAGGUGUUCGUGGAGCUGAACGAGCUGAUGGUGGACAAGAACCAGGAGAUGCAGUGGAAGGAGACGGCGCGCUGGAUCAAGUUCGAGGAGGACGUGGAGGAGGAGACGGACCGCUGGGGCAAGCCCCACGUGGCCUCGCUGAGCUUCCGCAGCCUCCUGGAGCUGCGCAAGACGCUGGCGCACGGGGCCGUGCUGCUGGACCUGGACCAGAAGACGCUGCCCGGCGCGGCCCACCAGGUGGUCGAGCAGAUGAUCAUCUCGGACCAGAUCCGGGCUGAGGACCGCGCCAACGUGCUGCGGGCACUGCUGCUCAAGCACAGCCACCCGAGCGACGAGAAGGACUUCUCCUUCCCCCGCAACAUCUCGGCCGGCAGCCUGGGCUCCCUGCUGGGGCACCACCACAGCGCCAACCACGUGGGCGAGGGCGCCGAGCCAGCCGUCACCGAGCCCCUCAUCGGCGCCGUCCCCGUUGAGCACGAGGUCCAAAUCGACAUUGAGCGUGAGAAGGAGGUCCUGACCCCGCCGCCACCUGCCGGCAUCACGCGCUCCAAGUCCAAGCACGAGCUGAAGCUGCUGGAGAAGAUCCCGGACAACGCGGAGGCCACGGUGGUGCUCGUGGGCUGCGUGGAGUUCCUGGACCAGCCCACCAUGGCCUUCGUGCGGCUGCAGGAGGCCGCGGAGCUGGACUCGGUGCUGGAGGUGCCCAUCCCCGUGCGCUUCCUCUUCGUGCUGCUGGGGCCCAGCAGUGCCAACAUGGACUACCACGAGAUCGGCCGCUCCAUCUCCACCCUCAUGUCCGACAAGCCCUUCCAUGAGGCGGCCUACCUGGCGGACGACCGGCACGAUCUGCUCAACGCCAUCAACGAGUUCCUGGACUGCAGCGUGGUGCUGCCGCCCUCCGAGGUGCAGGGCGAGGAGCUGCUGCGCAGCGUCGCCCACUUCCAGCGCGAGAUGCUCAAGCGGCGCGAGGAGCAGGAGCGGCGCCUGCUGCUGGAGCCCAAGUCCCCCGAGGAGAAAGGUGCCAGGGCCGGGGAGAAGACGGAGAACCUGAUCGGGGUGUCGGAGCUGAUCAUCUCCACGGCGCUGCAGGGCAUCAUCUUCUGCCUUCUGGGCGCGCAGCCCCUGCUCGUCAUCGGCUUCUCGGGGCCCCUGCUUGUCUUUGAGGAGGCUUUCUACACGUUCUGCAGGUCCAACGGGUUGGAGUACCUGGUGGGGCGCGUCUGGAUCGGACUGUGGCUCGUGCUCAUCGUGCUGGUGAUGGUGGCCUUCGAGGGCAGCUUCCUCGUGCGCUUCGUGUCCCGCUUCACCCAGGAGAUCUUCGCCUUCCUCAUCUCCCUCAUCUUCAUCUACGAGACCUUCUCCAAGCUGGCCAAGGUCCGGCCCGGCCCAGCUGCGGGGGCAUGGGGGCCAUGGGCUGGACUUGGGGGCUGGGGUGGGCUCUGCAUGGGGGUGGGCAGCACUGGGGGCAGGGGGCGCCGGGGUGGGGAGCUGGACCCUGACGCACUGCCCCUGCAGAUCCGGCGGGUGAUUGGGGACUUUGGCGUGCCCAUCGCCAUCCUCGUCAUGGUGCUAGUCGACUACAGCAUCCAGGACACCACCUACACGCAGAAGCUGAAGGUGCCAAGCGGCUUCUCGGUGACGGCACCCGAGAAGCGGGGCUGGGUGAUCAACCCGCUGGGGGAGAAGGACCCCUUCCCCAUCUGGAUGAUGGUGGCCAGCGUCCUCCCAGCCAUCCUCGUCUUCAUCCUCAUCUUCAUGGAGACCCAGAUCACCACGCUGAUCAUCAGCAAGAAGGAGCGCAUGCUGCAGAAGGGCUCCGGCUUCCACCUGGACCUGCUGCUCAUCGUGGCCAUGGGUGGCUGCUUCGCGCUGUUCGGGCUUCCCUGGCUGGCGGCCGCCACGGUGCGCUCGGUCACGCACGCCAACGCGCUCACCGUCAUGAGCAAGGCCGUGGCGCCCGGCGACAAGCCCAAGAUCCAGGAGGUGAAGGAGCAGCGCGUCACCGGACUGCUGGUGGCCGUGCUCGUGGGCCUGUCCAUCGUCAUUGGGGAGCUGCUGCAGAAGAUCCCACUAGCUGUGCUCUUCGGGAUCUUCCUCUACAUGGGGGUGACGUCGCUCAACGGCAUCCAGUUCUACGAGCGCCUCCAGCUGCUGCUCAUGCCCCCCAAGCACCACCCCGAUCUCCCCUACGUCAAGAAGGUGCGGACGCUGCGCAUGCACCUGUUCACGGGGCUGCAGCUGGUGUGCCUGGCUGUGCUCUGGGCCGUCAUGUCCACUGUGGCUUCGCUGGCCUUCCCCUUCAUCCUCAUCCUCACUGUGCCCCUGCGCAUGUGCCUGCUUGCACGCAUCUUCACCGACCACGAGAUGAAGUGUCUGGACGCCAACGAGGCCGAGCCUGUGCUGGACGAACGGGAGGGCAUUGACGAGUACAACGAGAUGCCGAUGCCUGUGUGAGCCGCCAGCCCAGCCUCUGUCCACGCACCUGGCCUGGCACAGGCAGAUACGCGACCCCCCUCCUGCUGCUCCUCUGGGACACGCGUCACCACCGCCAAAGGACCUGGAGCGGCCCUGGGGCCCCGCUGUGGACCCCGCGCUCACCCAGUGCCUUGCUCCCCACGCCAGCGGGGAGGACAGCCCCUGCCUGGCCGCAGGCGCCUGCCAAAGAACCCGCCUUGCUGCCCAGCUGCCGUCCAGGGGCAGGGAGCGGGGCCCUGCUGGGGCUGGGGGGCACAGGGGCUGCCCCCUGCCCUGGCCUGCUCCGUCCAGCCCAGCCCUGGGUGCCUCUGACAAUCAGGUGUUUCCAAGACUGCAGUAUUUUAUUUAAGACAAUAAUUGAACUGUCAAUCAAUGGCUUUGUAAGGAGCUGGGGCUGCGGCCGGGGCAGCUUCUGGGGCUCUGCAGCGGACGCUGGCCAAGCCUCCAGCCAUGGCUCUCCACCUUCUCUGCCUCACGGCCCAGACAGACAGGAGGGCCUGGGUCUGACCCAGAACCCAGCUGCCUGUUCUUGCCGCAGGACCAUGGCAGAGCCACUCCUGGGUGGCAGAGACCACCAGGCUGCAGGGCUGGACACUGGCUGUCUUGGUUUCUCUUGUGCAUCCUGUCUGCAACCCUCAUGCCAACACUACGUGGCCCCCCGCUCAUGGGGGAAGAGGCUGCGCUCAGGGACACUGGCAACGUUCCCCUUUCCAAUGCCCUGAGCCCAGGCCGCCCCGGAUGGAGGCAGAAGCGUCACAUGGCUGGGCCGAGGGAGGCUGUCAGCCCCUGGAGGGGUGGGGGCCACAUCACGGGCACCUGGGGUGCACAGGAGCUGCUCCCAGGGCAGCUAAUAAAUGCAAAGACAAGGUGGAUUUUUCACCUCUUUUAUUGUAAA